AUGAAAUUCUCUACAAUCUCGUUCUCUCUCUUGACUGCUUCGACUCUAGCUUCCCCCCUUCCAAACCCUCUCCUCAAAUCUCUUUCUAAUAAGAAAAAGUAUUUUAUUGGCAUCAAAGACUGUCUUCUUCUUGGGAACUGUCCCUCUAAAACACCCGCUUCCAAAGAUACAGUUGUAGUCACUACCAAUAAUAUCUACACUCAAACUGUCCUCCAAACUGUCCUUCAAACUGAUGUCGUAACUGUCGUCCAAACUGACUUAGCAACAGACCUACAAACACAAAUAGUAACUGCUAUCCAAACUAUUGUAGAAACUGAAGUCGAGAUUGCAACUGAAGUUGUCGAAAUUGCAACGGCUACAGAAGUCCUGAUUGAAACUAAAUCUUCUACUACUCUUGUAUCUACCACAAAACCUUCUACUGAAUCCACCUCUUCGUCUACCUCCACCUUUAUCCCUCCUACAAUAACUACGUCUCAGCCUACUAGAACAAUAACAGUCUAUCUCCCAGCUUCAGAAGCACCUGGUGGAAACGGUGGUAAUGGCGGUAAUGGUGGAUCUGGAGGGUCCGGUGGAUCUGGUGGUGCAGGCGGAGCUGGAGGCAGUGCCGGGUCAUCGAAUAAUCAAAACACAAACAACAACACAAGCAACAGCAGUUCCAACAACCAAAUUAAUAUAUAUGUUAUUCCUGGAGGAUAUCUUUCACCUAGCACUGGGGGGUUAGUUUCAGGGUCUACACCGUUUAAGGGCACGGUUGUGGAUGGUGUUUUAUACGGGAAUACAGGAUCUGGGGGGUCUGGGGGGUCUGGGACUUUAGGGAGUGUGAUUAUUGAUAGGGAUGGGAAACUGCAGGUGAUUAAUAUUAACAAUGUGGGCAAUGGAGAGAACAAAAUAAGUGGGGGGUCAACAACAACACCUCACUGGGAAAUCAAAAAUGGCGAAAUUAUUCCAAACGGACAAUCCGUUAUUGCGUGCCCGGACGGGAGGGGGAGGACCGUGCUGUAUUGCACAUCCGAGUGUCCUUCGGGUGAUAAGGCUCAGUCGGUGACUCUUGUUGCAGACGAGUCGACGGCAUUUUUUUGA